UUUUUCUUUUUUUUUUCUUUUUUCACAGGACUGGGUGAUAUAUUUGAUCUAUAGUAGAGGGAAAUAGUAGCAUACUGGGUACAAAAUUAUUAGAAUGGUCAUGAUGACACUUUUUGGUCUCUGCUCCACCAUGGGGCUCUGGUCCAGAAUAUCUGCUGGACCUGCCAGCUCUGUCAUGAUAUUAUUUCUAGUUAAACAGGCCAAAGCAUCUCUGCUGGAAAAAACAACUACUGGAUGGAACAAAUAUAAACAAGAAUGCUUGAAAAUGCUACAGGAAUCAACUGUAGAUGCUGGAAUACAUUGCAAUGGAACAUUUGAUCAGUUUGUUUGCUGGCCUUACUCACCCCCAGGAAAUGUCUCUGUUCCUUGUCCUUCAUAUUUGCCAUGGUUGGAAAAUGGAAGUGCGGGAAAUGUAUACAGAGUCUGCUUGGAUGAAGGAAUUUGGCAAACAAAGGAAAACUCCACAGACAUUUGGCGUGAUAGUUCAGAAUGUUCUGAGGAAAAUCAUUUCAGAAAAAAAGUAAAAGAACAUAAAUUGCUUACCACACUACAGCUGUUGUACACUAUAGGAUAUUAUUUUUCUCUCAUCUCACUUGUAUUAGCUCUCCUUACACUUUCUUUGCUCAGAAAACUUCAUUGCACAAGAAACUACAUCCAUAUGAAUUUAUUUGUGUCUUUUAUCUUGCGUGCCACAGCAGUUCUUAUAAAAGACACUGUAUUCUACAAUAUUUACUCCAAAAGACCAGAUGAUGAAACUGGAUGGAUAUUAUACCUCAGUCCUGAGAUUUUAAUCAUUUGCAGGACUGCCCAGUUUUUCAUGCAUUACUUUGCUGGGGCAAAUUAUUUUUGGCUAUUGGUAGAAGGAAUUUAUCUCCAUACAUUAUUGAUUACUGCUGUACUCUCCGAAAGGCGACUGCUACAGACAUAUAUUGUGAUAGGAUGGGUUGUUCCUAUUCUGUUUGUGGGCCCGUGGGGAAUAAGCAGAUCAAAAUUGGAGAACACAGGGUGCUGGGGAACAAAUGAGCACAUGGGAAUCUGGUGGAUCAUCCGAGGACCUAUGUUGUUUUCCAUUACAGUUAAUUUUGGCAUCUUCUUAAAAAUUCUAAGGAUGCUGAUUUCCAAACUGAAAGCCCAGCAGAUGAGCUUUCAUGACUACAAAUACAGAUUGGCAAGAUCUACACUUGUUCUGAUUCCAUUGUUGGGGAUCCAUGAAUUUAUAUUUACCUUCAUCACUGAUGAACAGGUGCAAGGACUUUCAAGACAUAUCAGACUUUUCAUUCAGCUGACAAUGAGCUCAUUUCAUGGUUUCUUUGUAGCAGUUUUAUAUUGCUUUGCCAAUGGAGAGGUGAAAGCAGAACUCCAGAAGCAGUGGUCCCGCUUCCUGCUGGCAGACCCCUUUGGCUGCAAACUCUGCUUUCUUGGAGAAAACAUAAAAUACCUCAGGAAAUGUUCACAGAAACAGAAAAAAAAGCACCCCAGCAGCAAACACUUGUGCCUGGAGGAGAGUGAGCCCUGGGGCAUGAAGCUCCAGCAGGUGCUGGCAAACCAGAGGACAGAUCAAUGCUCGGAGCCAGGCUGUAGGCUUCCAUCUCAUCUGCGGGCAAGUGUGUCAGACAGCAGUGAAGGAGAAGUCACCACUGGAGAGACAACUGAGGAAGUGGUCUUCGAAGAAAGUGAGAUUUAG